AUGGCUUACAACUAUGGCCCACCUCCAGGCGCGUACGGCGCACCUCAGCAGCCAUAUGGACCACCAAGCGGACAGAGUACUGGGGGUAUGGGAGCACCAGGCUUCGCGGCGCCUGGCAUGGACUUUCCAGGCAUGCCUUCUCAAUCACCAGCAGGCGUGCAAGGCCAGUUCCAGCCUCCACCAAAUAUGCCGAACAUCAACUUCAAUGCACCAGUAAUUCGACUCGGAGUUGACGGCCAGCGGCAAGGACAGUCAUCGGCAGAUCGGGGCGAUAGGGGUGGGAGAGAUGGCGGGAGAGGGAGCAAUGCAGAGCCACUGGGCAAUCGCUCGCGCCCAGGCUUGGGCGCAGACCCGGGCCGGGAGAGGAAUUUGGAGCGCGACAGACAACAACUUCGAGAAAACAUGAUGGCGCUACAGCCGCCAACAAGAGAGGAAGUUGCACGCACGAUCUUCAUUGGUGGACUCGGCGAGGGCAUGCCAAACGACGAGGCCCUUGAAUCUAUCCUGCGGUGUGCGGGCAAACUGAGACGAUGGACUCGAGCAAGAGACGCGAAUGAUAGGAAGUGCAAAUUCGGCUUUGCCGAGUACGAGGACGUGGAGAGUUUGGAAGCCGCGGCCGAGAUAUUUCAAGACGUUCAAGUGCCACAAUUCAAACAGGACGGCUCUCUCAUAAAGGUUAAGAUUGAAGACGAAGUCAAAGCCGAAAUCAAAGCCGAAGAUGACGCCAAAGAUGAGGACGGAGUGAAGGUCGAGAGUGGUGAGCAAGAACAAGUCCAAAAAGCCCAGUUACUCGUGGUGGUGGAUGAUGCGAGUCGAGAGUACAUUGAGGAGUGGAAGGGCCGUAAGAAGGAAGCGGACAACGACCGACAAUUUCGCCUGGACAGUUGUAAAGAAUUGCUGGAUCAGACCUUGAGCGGUCUUGUGAAUGAAGCUGCAUAUACCGCGAACGGCAUCAAUGGCGAAGCGAAUGGCGACAGAGAUGGAGAUGUCCAAAUGGGCGAGAAUGGCGAGACCAAGUCCGACGGCGUCGAGGUUGUCAAUCUACCUGUGGGUAUGGACGACGAGCUUGCAGACAUUCCUGCCGAGAUGAGAGCAACUGUCGCGGAGGAGAUCAAAGCUUUCCGCGAUCGGUCUAAUCGUCGGGAUCUGGAGCGUCUGCGUCGUGAGGAGGAGGUUGAGCAGGAGGAGAAGCGACGUGCUGGUGCGCCACGACAAAGCCGACUUGCUUCCCCUCCCCCAUCGGCACAGGGCAAUUCUGCAAACGGCAUUCCUGUCGGGCCACGAGGUCAGCAAGGCGUGCAGGGCGCUCCAUCUGGUCCAAAGGGUUACAGAGGCGCACAGUUGCCGGAGGACUACCGCAACGGAGUGGCUUUCCUUCCAAGCGCUGGCAAUGCUUCCCUCCAUCCAGAAGACGAAGACGCCAAUGAGUCGGACGAGGAGCUUGAGCGUCGUCGGCAAAAGGAGGACGAUGAGAAGCGCGAUAAGGAAUACGAGGCUGCAGUGAACAAGUGGCACGCUCGAGAACGCACUCGCGGAGCUGCAAAGGAGCGUGAGUUGAAGCGCGAAGAGGGAGAGCAACACGAAAUUGAGAAGGCUCGCGAGGCAAUGCUCAUCCGCCUUGCCAACUGGAACGACGAUGAGGAAGUAGAAAGGGCUAAGCACCCAUACUACCGCGAUCGUGCAGCUUGGGCCAGAGCGCGUGAAUACGACCGCGAUAAGGAGCAGCGUGAAGACGAUCUCGACCGAGAGGCAGAAGAGAGAGAGAUCGCAGACGAACAGCGCAGAGUCAACGAAGCACGUGGGCAAGCCAAUGACUUCCUGGGCUCCUUGGGUGUCGACACCAAAGCUGGAGACCAGGCUGGUACAGCCAACCGCGGACUCAAGUUCAGCCUCGGAGCUGCUGCCGCCAAGACAAAGCAGGCCCAGCCUGGACCAAAGCGAGCCAUGCAAGAUGUUGAGGGACUGCUUGAAGAUGAGGAGGAUGCUGCCGCAGCUGGUGCCAAGCGCCCUGAGCUCAAACCUCUGCAGGAUACUUCGACUCUUCCCACUCACGGCCAAGAUCUCACGGAUGAAGAGAAACAGUCAGCUCGUAUGCAACUGGCGGCAGAAAUCCCUACAGAUACCCAGGCUCUAUUCGACUAUCCAGUCAAGUGGGAGAAGAUUUCAAAGAGCCUACUCGCCUCAGAAAUCCGUCCGUUCGUGGAGAAGAAGGUUGUCGAGUAUCUUGGUGUGCAGGAGGACCUGGUUGUGGAUACAGUUCUGGAUGGCGUGAAAGCCAAGCAGAAACCACAAGAGAUCGUGGACGAGCUGGCCGGUCCCCUGGAGGACGAAGCGGAGGUGCUCAUCAAGAAGGUGUGGCGGCUGUUGGUCUUCUGGGGCGAGUGCGAGAGUCGCGGAUUGUCUGGAUAG